AGCAGGGCCACGAGCGCAUAUAUUCAUCUCUUUCUCGCCAAGGCAUUCCAGCUGGCAAAUGCCGACGCACACUCGUUCAGCGAGCACACACAGAUACACGAGCACACGCAGCUACAGAUACGGUACACAGAUACAGAUGCAGAUACACCCGGCCGGACCAGUUUUUCCAGCCACCCUGUCUGGCGGACCGAGCGACCGCUUCGACUGCUUCGACCGCCUGCUCGAGCGGCCAGCGGCACACCGUCUCUCAUUCGACUCUCGCAUUCGCCGUCGUCAGCACACGCGCACGCAAAACGCAGAACGCUAAACGGCAAACGGGAAACGUACGGCAGCAACAUCAGGCGGCAGUACGGCAGCAACAUCAGCAGCACGGCAGCAACAUCAGUGCGCCAGCAGCAGCAACUCGGUUCGCUGGUUCGCUGUUUCGGUUUUCGUUUCGUUUUCGUGUCGUCUCGGUCUCGGUAACUCGCUUCGUGCCUCGUCAUCAGCCGAAAAAAACAAAAAAUAUACGAAAAAAAAACACCUACAAAUACAACAAGAAAAAAAAAAACGUCAGCCCAAUAAAGAGAGAAAAAAAAGGAAAAAGAACCGAAAGAUACAAACGUAUUAUAGCCAGGAAAAAGCAGCGUAGAACGCACCUCGAACAGGUUUCGCCGUCGUCCGGAGAAACAGAAAGGUGCUCAAUUCCGCCCAGUGUGGAGGUAUUUUUUCGGUGUUCCCGCAACGAGAAUAUACAAAAUAAAUAAUACAUCAAAUGAAUAACAACAACUUUCUGAGGCACUUUCGCGUCGGGUUUUAACAACAAUUUUCAAGUGUUUUCGCCGCCCGCCUUGUUUGUUCGCAAAACGCAAACACAGCGGCAUAGAAGAAAUAUUUGUGACUGUGGAAAAAACAACAAAAAGCUAAAGCUGUUUAGCCAAAAAUCCCAAAGAGAGCCAAAGCUAAAUUUUUGAUACGCGAAACAAAGUAAAAAGUAACAACACGAAGUUUGUUAUGCAAUUUUAAGCCACGAGCAGCUACAAACUACAGCCAAAAUCAAAAAAACGAAAAAGUAAAUUACAAGUGCAACAUGGUUUCCCACAAAAUGUUCAAAAUGUCUAACUAAAGCGUAGCCUAAAACUAAAAAGUAGCAGCCAACAAAAAACAAAGUUAAAUCAAGCGACCGAUCUUCUGCCGGAUCAUCAAGAGUUUGUAAACCUUCAGUCGAAACUGAAACAGGAAGCAAUCCCCGCAAGAUGCUGACCAUGGAAUCGGAUAUGAAGGGCAGCCUGCUGCAUGCCACCAUGCCGCCCCACCACACGAGUGCCGCGUUGCACGGCCACGCCGCCUCGCCAUAUUCCGCAUUGGCACCGCUGAUGAACCUGGGCCAGUCGCACCUGACCCACUCGCAGCUGAGCCACCACAACCACCACCACCACCACAUGAGCGCCCACAUCGCGGCCAGCCAGAGUCCCAAUCCGCUCAGCUCCCUCCAGUCCUCGAUGGCCAACACGCUGAAUGGCGGCCAGGUGGGGCAGCAGCAGCAGCAGCAGAGCUCCCCGCUCCACAGCUCCAGCGAACUGAGUCCCACGCAGAGCAGCAUCGGCAGCCACCACAUGACCUCGCCGGUUAGCCACCAGCAGCAGCAGCACCAGCAGCAGCAACAGCAGCAGCAGCAGCAGCACUCCCAGCAGCAACACCUGGCCGCCGGAUCCGCUUUGAGCAGUUUGACCGGCGGUUCCAGCAACAACAACAACAACAGCGCCACGGCCAACAAGAACCAGCAGCACGCGGAUCGGGUGAAGCGUCCGAUGAACGCGUUCAUGGUCUGGUCCCGCGGCCAGCGGAGGAAGAUGGCCUCGGACAACCCCAAGAUGCACAACUCGGAGAUCUCGAAGCGAUUGGGAGCCCAGUGGAAGGACCUCUCGGAGUCGGAGAAGCGUCCGUUCAUCGACGAGGCCAAGCGGCUGAGGGCGGUGCACAUGAAGGAGCAUCCGGACUACAAAUACCGACCACGCCGCAAGACCAAAACGCUGACCAAGACCAAGGAGAAGUACCCGAUGGGUGGCCUGAUGCCCGGCCAGGCGGUGGGUGGCGGAGCGCCCGGUGAGCCGGUGACCCCCACCCGAGUGCAGGGUCAGCCGGGCCAGAAUCAGUCGCUCAAUGGCAGCGGAGGCAGUGCAGCGGCAGCGGCGGCGGCGGCAGCAGCAGCAGCGCAGCAGGCGCGCCAGGAUAUGUACCAGAUGAACGCGCCGAAUGGAUACAUGCCGAACGGCUACAUGAUGCACGCGGAUCCCGCCGGAGCGGCAGCCUACCAGACCUCCUACAUGGGGCAGCACUACGCGGCGCAGCGGUACGACAUGGGCCACAUGUAUAACAACGGGUAUGCGAUGUACCAGACGGUGUCCGGCGGACAGACAUCGCCGUACGGCAGCAGCCUGCAGCAGCCGGGAUCGCCGUCGCCGUACGGCGGCAGCAGCUUGCAACAGCAGCCGGGCAGCCCGGCUCCCUACGGCGGGGGCGGAGGAGGAGGCAGUGGCACCCAGGUCUCGUGCCAGAGCCAUAGCCCCAGCGAUUCGAGCAUCAAGUCGGAGCCGGUGUCGCCCAGCCCAAGUGCCAUAGCGCUGAACAACAACAACAACAUCAACAACAACCACAUCAUGAAGCGGGAGUACAGCUCGGCGGCAGCGGCAGCGGCGGCAGCAGCAGCAGCAGCAGCCGCCGGCGGCGGGGAGCUGAAUCACCUGAUGAACAUGUACCAUCUGCCCGACGAGCAGCGACACCUGCUCCACUAUCAGACUGACUCGCCCGAUCUGCAGCAGCAACACCAGGCGAUGCAACAGCAGCAGCAGCAGCAACAGCAGCAGCAGCAGCAGCACCUCACGCAGCAACACCUCCCGCAGCAGCACCAGCAGAUCCCGCAGCAACACCAGUCGAUGCAGCAGCAGCAGCAGCAACACCACCUGCAACACCAGCAAUCGCUGAGGACAAUGGCGCCGCUGGCACACAUGUGAGAAAUGGCCAGCGCCUAUGGAGCAGCAGGCUCCAGUGUGAGCGUAUCGCCCCCACUGCCGCCGUACAUGCCGACGGCCUCGCAGCAGCAACAGCAGCAGCAACAACAGCAGCAACAGCAGCAGCAACAGUUGCUUAAUGGACGGCCCAGUCCGACGGCAUCGGGGUCGUCGGGCGGUCGCUCCUCGGCGCAUUCCAGUGGCCAUACCGCCGCGCAUUCACCCGCCUUGGCAGCCGCCUACCAGCUGACCCCCUCUGCCGCCCCCUCCUCCUCCUCCGCUAGAGAUGCUGCUGCUGCUGCCACUGCGGCGGCGACUGCGGCGGCCGUUGCUGCUGCAGCUGCGGCGGGCUCCUCGUUCGCCGCCUCGGCCAGCAUGCUGGACAUGCAGCAGCAACACCUCGAGGAGCAGCAGCAGCAGCAACACCACCAUCUCCACUACCAGCAGCAGCAACAGCAGCAGCAGCAACACUACCAGCAGCAGCAGCAGCAGCACCUCCCGCAGCAGCAGCAGCACCACCAGCUGUACCAUCACUAUCAUCCUGGCCACGAGGCAGCGGUGGCCGCCAGUGCUGGCCUCCUGGAUAUAUCCACAUUGUAAAUUAUUGAAAAUAUUAACUAAAAGCCCUAGGAUACGCACACCCACACACCCAAACACCCAAACACACACACACACACACACAAUUUUAGCCUUAGUUCUUAAGCAGGUUUAAUUCAAAGUGGCAGAGAAGAACCCACAACAACAACAAGAUGAAGAAACGCAUAUAAAUAAAUGAAGUAGGAUUAAUGUUUAGUCAUUUAAAUGAAGCAUACGCACUGUUGUACCACAAUAGGAAGACGACAACUCACUUGCAUUCCAUACUGUUCUGCUUCGAUUUCCCGUUUUUGAUUUUCCGCUUGCUGCAUAGCUAAAACAAUUGUGUGAUACAAAUAAAUUGUUGCGAGUUACUGAGACAACAAAUCGUUUGAUUUACCAUUUCAUUUCCAUACACUUUUUGCUGUACAAAACAUUCUCAGACAUUAAAUGUGCAUUUGAAGCAAAAACACAGAGACGCGGAAGCUGAAUGAAAACACAAGUUUAGUAGGAGUAAAGACAAUUGAUACGAGGCGAGAAAAGGAGCGAUGAAAAUAUUUCAGAAAAGCAAAGAAAAAUGUCAAAAACAUUCUAUUUUAUAAAUUCUCUUAUGCAUUAAGUAAUUAUAAUUAUUAUCUAUUAUAUAAACAAUUUAAUUAUUAAUUAUGCUUACAAAUACAAGACAAGACAACCAUAAUUAAUUGUAAUAAAGCGAAAAACAAAAUUAUUAUUAUUAUUAAAACAUAAAUCGAAACGAAGGCAUGAAUCUACUGCAUAAUACAAACACAACAGAAAGAAAAAAUGUUAGUAAACCUAAAGAAAAUUUAGUAAAAGAAAAACCAAGAAACGUGCAAAACGUGAAUGUGAAACAUGGAGCGAGGCAGCGAAAACAAACAAAUCCAACAAAAAAACAUUGCCAAGCACCUGGAAAUAAUAAAAACAAAAUCCACAAAAAAACAAAUAAAAGAAAAAUCUUU